UGCCGCCGGUAUAUAGCAGUACAGAAGAGGCGUGGCACCUUUGACACCUGCGGCGGCGGUGAGAUUAAUGCUAUCCGAGAGGCGGAUGCACGUCGCGUAAUGUCGACGUGCGGUGGAGGAGAAACCAAACCCGACCGACGCGGCGGGAAAGUAAUAGUCGUGCGCGAGCUAGCGAGCGAAGCGCGGUUCUGAGUGUAGUAAUAGGUAUCGUCUGUUCUGGAGAUCGCGCGUCGUCUGCUGCCGAAGCGCGCACCGCUCGCAUCGUCUGCUGCUGCGGCUGCCGCUGUUCAUGCAUGCCCGGUUAUUACUUUUUUGUUCCUUCUUUAUUUUCUGAACCACCUCGUCGUCGACGCUUGAUGGAAGGAGAGGGGGGGGAGGGGGGGCGUACCGGACCGCGCCCCUCGGUCUCCCGUGGUUCAUCGGUUAUACGCCCCGCUGCGACUUCCGGACGCGGGACCCCCGGCGGAGCAGACGUAAAGUUCUACUGCGCGUCGCAGCAGUGAGCAGCUAAAUCAGCGACGGCUCGUUUUCAACGUUUGCCCGCCCGGGCGGGAUAUAACAGGUGGGCCAGGCCAGGCCCACGCGCACGCGGGCAGCAGCCGCCGCCGCCGGCGUGCAGCUAGCUCUGCGUGGGCUGUCUCCUUCGACGCGUACUUCAACGGCCGGCAGCCCAAGGCCCCUUUCGCAUGGGAGUCGUAUACGUGUAUACGCACACCGCACGAGAGCGCGCGCUCACGCGUGCCUGUGUGUGCCUUCGAGAAGUGGCCGUCGUCUGGAAGGAGGACGUUGUAUGUGACGAGAUCGCCUGAUGCGGACGGAUGCUGUCCAGGCUUCGAAGACCGGGCUGCUGAACGGCGACUCCGGUACGUAACAACAACACCGCGGGCCAGUGGCGCUCGCGGGACCGUCCUGUUCCUGGAAGUUUCUAACAAAAAACGUUCCCGCGGCAGGAUUCGGCAACUACGUCACUGGGAGUGUGCGUGCUAUGUCAACUGCCUUGUGCGCGCUUACGGAUGUGAAUGUGCGUUCUUCUAAGUGUGGAGUUUCGGUUCGACUUGGAAGGAAGAUCGAAAAAUUCCAUUUUGAAAGAUCGCCUCCACGCAGUUCACUACUGAUGGCCACUAAGUCUUCCAUCAUGGGCAAGUAGUCUCGUUCGUCGAAUGGCAGAAGUGCUGUAGGUCGCAGUCGUCGAAAUACGAGGGGCUCCUCAAAUGCUUAGGCAUGUAAGACGUGUACGUCUCUUCGAUACCCUUAUUUUGAUCGUGGGUCGUAUGCUGGUAGCUGCAAAGUGAUCCGUUUCCUGCUAAAAGCUCGUUUCCAGAGCCGCUGUGAGAUUACUGCUUGCCAUUAUAGGGCCGGAUAACGAGGAACAGAUCGAACCAGGUCUAUGUUUAGCGGUGAUCAGUCACGGCACGACUUGUACGUCGCCGGAGGAUUGCGAAAACGAGGAGGCUGGCUUCCAAGGUCGAGGUAAGCGGGAAAGUCAUCUUCAUUCUCCAAUUAAAUUAAUGUGUUGGCGCCUCAGUCGUCGAAAUUGUUUGAGUACCGGACGUGCCAAUAUGUAGCUGCUAAAGAGCACAUAUAUAGAGAGAGAGAUGCUAAAAAACGAUACAACUGUAAAAUAGUGAAUGAAACAGGUGCACACCGUUCGAAAUCAUCCUGCUAACACUAAUUGUAUAUAUAUGAUUCAAGAUUAAUCAAUAUUUCUUACUAGCUUGUCUUUCUAUAUAUCGGCGUACUAUGCAUAGGCAGCGUGCUGGAAGUCGUGUAUGUUGAUUGCACCUUAUAAGAAAACUACGUACGUUCGCAAUUAACUCUAUGUUCUUUUUUUUCAUUUCAAAUGUCGAUGUUAGCCAUUCCUGCGUACUCUUUUAAUCAAUACAGUAAUGGCCCACAAAUUAAUAUUCCCACCGUGACGAUGCAGUUGGCUGACGCCCUGACCCCAUAUGAGCGGGUCGUCAACUUCACGUCAUACGGGUCGCAUGUCGCAUGCCUGCAGCAACGGAAUGAACCCACCUCUACGCAAUGAAUUCCGAGCUUAGAGAACAGCGGUUUCGCGAAGUAUAACAUCAUUCGGUUUUUCCCAGUCGUCGAAUAAGCGUGAACACCGAUCACGUGCCCGAUGGGUGCUGUUCGUGAAUUUCAGAAACGGAUGUGUCAGUGAGUACUACAGCGUUCCACACUUUUUCACGGAAACGCCGAUGCUUCAUGCAUCAUUAGCCGCCUCUAUGCAGACCUAAGUGGACCUUUUCUGCAGAGAAUGUAUAAGCUUUCGACUGGCAUGACAGAUUACGGGAAUGUCCACUACAACCUGCGACCUGCCGCAUCGUUCGGUCGAAACCCACUUCCCUGAAAGUGACCGCUGUUGUGCUGACCAACCCGUAUUCCGUGGACACCCAUCUGUCGCUUUGUUCGUGUGUUUGACCUUGUCUGAAGGGCCUUGAGAAGUCUAACUGUCCGUGGCAGUAUAAUACUAUACACUCUGCGGUACAAGUCGGCUUAACUCGCAUCGUCAUCGAAAAGUUCGCUGAACGAUAGGUAUUCCCCUUUUUUCCGGAAUUUCUCGAAAAAUCGUAACUCGCAGCGCUGUAUGGUAGCCGAGUGUUGUACUUUGCGUACGUGCUUAACGGUGCAAUUCAGCGCGGACUCGCAUGUUGACGGCAAAGCUGAAGCCCUGAAGCACCUUGCUAUAUAAUAGCGACCGUCGUCCAUAUCUGUUGCCUCCUACAUACAAGUCGACCCCUACUGGAAAGUCUUAUGAGAAGUUUCAAAACUCCAGUGUAGCGUUGGACUGUAACUAACGCUGCGAUCCGGCAUGGCUCGCCUCGGGAUCGGAAAGCUGAAGCCCAGCGCUCUGCUGGCGACCGUCGCCGUUCUGGGCCUCUACUGCGUCCUGCUCAAGACUUCGCUGGCUCCCGGGACGUUGCGACAGACGCGUCAAUUCAAACCGAAACGGCGCAGCGUGCAGUCGUGCGUGCACGACCCAAUUCCGUGUCCCCGACUGCCCUACGCCCACGGGUGGCUGGGAGACGGCAACGACGCGACCCGCAACUCGACGUGGCUGAUCGACCUGCGCGACUUCGCCUACCUGCUGGACGCGCCGCCGUGCGUCGUCGCCACGGGUCGCGAAGCGGCGCUGCUGGUCCUCGUGCACUCGGCCGCGGCCCACUUCGCCGAGCGUGACGUCAUCCGCAGCACGUGGGGCGCCGGAUGGCCGAGGAGCAACAUGACGACCAGGGUCGUCUUCAUGCUGGCCAGGACGCCCGGGGACCCGGCGCUCGAAGAGCGGAUGGAACGCGAGAACCGCAGGUACGGUGACACGGUCCAGGGAAACUUCGUGGACUCGUACCGCAACCUGACGUACAAGCACGUGAUGGCGCUGCGGUGGGCCUCGACGCGCUGCGGUUCCGCCGCCAUGGUGCUCAAGAUGGACGACGACAUCUUCGUGCACGUCUUCCAGCUGGCUGCCAUAUUUGACAAGGUGGCGGCGGCGGCGUCGCUCAAGCCCAAGGUCCUCUUCUGCUACGUGCAGAAGCAGAUGCCCAUCUCCAGGAGCGCGGGCAGCAAGUGGAAGGUGACGGAGAGCGAGUACCCGGGCUCCUUCUUCGAGGACUACUGUUCCGGCUGGGCCUACCUGGCCGACAUGGCCGCCGUCCGGGCCAUGGCGACCGAGGCCCAGUACCGCCCUUACUUCUGGGUCGACGACGUCCACGUCACCGGCACCCUGGCCCGGAUGGGCGGCGUCUUUCGGUCCAGGAUCAACCACAAGUACACGACCGAGGCGGACUCCCUGGCCCUGUGGGCCAAGCCUGGAGACCCGAGGGACUCCGGGCUGCUGGACUGGGGCUACGCCUUCGGACCGACGUGGGGUGACGUGGCGCUCGUGGCGAGGGCGCACCGCAAGGCCCUCUGGUGCCGGAGGCGCGCCUGCAAGUGCUGCUUCAAGGCGGUCAGUGCGAACGCUGGUGGCGCCACCAACGGCAGUUCGGCGAAGAACGGCGUGAUCGGCAGGGCCGUGGUGAAACCCUUGUCCGGAGUCUAGUCAUUCAUUUCUUGUUUUGUUUUGUGUUGUGGACGACUCGGACUUGUUUUUUUUUUUUUAGCAGUGCUGAAAUGCACGGGUUUCAGUCCGCGGGCUAGCUGCAUAUGGGCGGCCAAGUGAAAGUGCGAGGUCGAUUGAUCAAAGACUCUGCUUCGUAUGAGAAAGUGCAGAGUGCUGCGGUUUUGAAAACUGCAUGAUCGGCAAGGCCGUGGUGAAACCCUUGUCCGGAGUCUAGUCAUUCAUUUUUGUUUAGUUUUGUUAUGUGUCGUAGAUGACUUGGACUUGUUUUUUGAACAGUGCUGAAAUGCAUGGGACUCAGAUGGGCGGCCAAGUGAAUGUGAGAGAUCGAUUGAUCAAGAACUCUGCUUCGUAUGAGAAGGAACACAGUGCUGCGGUCUUGAAAGUUUUCGGCGCCAUGCAUCAAGCCCAUCAGAAGUGCCUGCCGGAUGGAUCGAGGGGUGCGAAAGGGAGCAGCAGUCAGGCACACCUGCCCUCUGACACUGAGCGAUCAGUGUCUGCAGCGUCAGACGUUCAAGGUGCCCCGGUAAUUGAUGUUUCUCGUUGCCGUUGUUGGUGUUGUCGAGGGAUACCGUACAUUUAAAGGUGCUUUCAAACACUUUUGUUGCUUCUUAUGCCAUCGAGAAACCCACCGUGCUGGUAUCACCACUCGUCUGGGUUGUGAUGUGCGUUCCGUUGCCUCACUGAGAAAUGGAUACCAUGAUAUAACUUUCUUUCUUUUUACCCCCUUUCCUAGGAUAUAAUGUUGCGCACUUGCCGAGCGAGACGUUCACUAUAAACGCGUGUCUGGGGCGUUACAGCUGUAUUUCAUAGAUACGAAGUGAUUGCUGCCUGCUGGACAGGCUUUUUGUCGCGACAAGUGGUCAUUGUGGCAGCCCAUAUAGCUGGAAAACGACGCAUCGUACGUUGAAACUGCAUUCUAAGAGCGAUUUCCGCCGCAACAUGGAAGCGAGACGUACACUCGCAGCUCUCAAGUGUAUUUAGCAUGGCCACCUCGCACCCGUGAUGAAAAAUAAACGUUGUUGUUGACCG